GACGCGCGGGGCUGCUGCGGCUGCUCCGCCGGCGGAUCAUCACUCUCUGGCUGGGAUGGACGCGGGGCGGGCGGGCCCUGGCGCGCGGAGCCAGGAGUCCGGGCCUCCUGGCUGCUGAACGUCCCCCGAAGCCUCCCCCAACCCCCGCCUUCCCUCCUAGGAGCCGCGCCGACCUCUUUCUUGGGGCUCCGGACUCUGCUCCCGCCCUCCUCUGAUUCCCCGGACCUCCCCCUCCCGCCCGCCCUCGGGAUCGACUAGAUCCCUCCCCCUCUCGGAGGAUUCCGGCUGGAUCCUUGCCCCUACACCGCGGAUCCUGCGCUCCGAGUCCCCGAGCGCCUGGGGAUUGCCGUGGACUCCUCCUCUAGCACCCGAUCCCUUAGGAUCCUUCGCCUGGACCGCCUUCUGGUCCCUCGAAGUCGGCCCACGGAGCCAGUGGAUCUCCAAUACAGUCCUGUCCCGUUGCCCCCUUCUUGCUCUGCCGUCCCCACUGCGGGGUUCCCUGUUCUUGGGCUCCCCCUGACCUCAUACCCUAGCUCUUUUUUUCCCGGGGAUCGACUGGAUCCCGGCCCCGCCCCCCGGGGCUGGGGCGAUCCUCCUCCCCCGCCGGGUGAGGCGCUGCGGGCGGGGGCUGGGCCUGCGGGGCCGCGGGGGCUCAGAGGCCGCCGCCCCCCUCUCGAAGCCCGUCCGCCCCCUACUCGGAGCCCUGGAUGGAGGCACCACGGCCCCAGGGCUGAGCCAGGUCGGGCCUGCCUGCACCUUCUCCCGCCUCCUUCCCCCUCCCCACCCCAUUCCCCCUCCAUGGAGAGGAACAGACCCUUACUCUGUCCCGUCUAACCCAGGUCCCAACUCGCCCUCCUCCUCCUCCUUUCCCCCCCCCGCCCCCUCCUCCCUCCCGGGGCGAGGGGGGCCUCCCUCCCUCUCCCCCCCCUUCUCUCUCUCUCCGAGGGGGGGGGUCCCGGGGAGGGAGGGGGGGUCCCCCUAUCAGCAUGUGGCUCCUGGCGCUGUGUCUGGUGGGGCUGGCUGGGGCUCAACGGGGGGGAGGGGGUCCUGGAGGAGGCUCCCCGGGCAGCCCAGGCCAGGGCCUCGGCAGCCUAGGAGAGGAGCGCUUCCCAGUGGUGAACACAGCCUACGGGCGAGUGCGCGGUGUGCGGCGCGAGCUCAACAACGAGAUCCUGGGCCCAGUCGUGCAGUUCUUGGGCGUGCCCUACGCCACACCGCCCCUGGGCGCCCGCCGCUUCCAGCCGCCUGAGGCACCCGCCUCGUGGCCCGGCGUGCGCAACGCCACCACCCUGCCGCCCGCCUGCCCGCAGAACCUGCACGGGGCCCUCCCGGCCAUCAUGCUGCCUGUAUGGUUCACCGACAACUUGGAGGCAGCCGCCACCUACGUGCAGAACCAGAGCGAGGACUGCCUGUACCUCAACCUCUACGUGCCCACCGAGGACGGUCCGCUCACAAAAAAACGUGACGAGGCGACGCUCAAUCCGCCAGACACAGAUAUCCGGGACUCCGGGAAGAAGCCUGUGAUGCUGUUUCUACAUGGCGGUUCCUACAUGGAGGGCACCGGGAACAUGUUUGAUGGCUCAGUCCUGGCCGCCUAUGGCAACGUCAUCGUAGCCACGCUCAACUACCGUCUUGGGGUGCUCGGUUUUCUCAGUACUGGGGACCAGGCUGCAAAAGGCAACUAUGGGCUCCUGGAUCAGAUCCAGGCCCUGCGCUGGCUCAGGGAGAACAUUGCCCACUUUGGGGGUGACCCCGAGCGAAUCACCAUCUUUGGAUCCGGGGCAGGGGCUUCCUGUGUCAACCUGCUGAUCCUCUCCCACCAUUCAGAAGGGCUGUUCCAGAAGGCCAUUGCCCAGAGUGGCACUGCCAUUUCCAGCUGGUCUGUCAACUACCAGCCGCUCAAGUACACGCGGCUUCUGGCAGCCAAGGUGGGCUGUGACCGGGAGGACAGCGCCGAAGCCGUGGAGUGUCUACGCAGGAAGCCUUCCCGGGAGCUGGUGGACCAGGAUGUGCAGCCCGCCCGCUACCACAUCGCCUUCGGGCCCGUGGUGGACGGCGAUGUGGUCCCUGAUGAUCCUGAGAUCCUCAUGCAGCAGGGAGAAUUCCUCAACUAUGACAUGCUCAUUGGUGUCAACCAAGGAGAGGGCCUCAAGUUCGUGGAGGACUCUGCGGAGAGUGAGGAUGGUGUGUCUGCCAGCGCCUUCGACUUCACUGUUUCCAACUUUGUGGACAACUUAUAUGGCUACCCAGAGGGCAAGGAUGUGCUGCGGGAGACCAUCAAGUUCAUGUAUACAGACUGGGCUGACCGGGACAAUGGCGAGAUGCGGCGGAAGACCCUUCUGGCGCUCUUUACUGACCACCAGUGGGUGGCCCCAGCUGUGGCCACCGCCAAGCUGCAUGCUGACUACCAGUCCCCUGUCUACUUUUACACCUUCUACCACCACUGCCAGGCCGAGGGCCGGCCAGAGUGGGCAGAUGCAGCGCAUGGGGAUGAACUGCCCUAUGUAUUUGGUGUGCCUAUGGUGGGCGCCACUGACCUCUUCCCCUGCAACUUCUCCAAGAAUGAUGUCAUGCUAAGCGCAGUGGUCAUGACCUACUGGACGAACUUCGCCAAGACUGGUGAUCCCAACCAGCCAGUGCCACAGGACACCAAGUUCAUCCACACCAAGCCCAACCGCUUUGAGGAGGUAGUAUGGAGCAAGUUCAACAGCAAGGAGAAGCAGUACCUGCACAUAGGCUUGAAGCCACGAGUGCGUGACAACUACCGUGCCAACAAGGUGGCCUUCUGGCUGGAGCUUGUGCCCCACCUACACAACCUGCACACUGAGCUCUUCACUACCACCACACGCCUGCCUCCCUAUGCCACUCGCUGGCCACCUCGCCCACCUCCUGGAGCCCCAGGCACACGCCGGCCCCCACCACCCGUCACCCUGCCACCUGAGCCUGAGCCUGAGCCAGGCCCAAGAGCCUAUGACCGCUUCCCUGGGGACUCGCGGGACUACUCCACGGAGCUAAGCGUCACUGUGGCUGUGGGUGCCUCCCUCCUCUUCCUCAACAUCCUUGCCUUUGCUGCCCUCUACUACAAGCGAGACCGGAGGCAGGAGCUGCGAUGCAGGCGGCUUAGCCCGCCUGGAGGCUCAGGCUCAGGUGUGCCUGGUGGGGGCCCCCUGCUCCCUGCAGCUGGCCGUGAGCUGCCCCCAGAGGAGGAGCUGGUGUCACUGCAGUUAAAGCGGGGUGGCGGCGUUGGGGCGGACCCUGCUGAAGCACUGCGCCCUGCCUGCCCACCCGACUACACCCUGGCCCUGCGCCGGGCACCGGACGAUGUGCCUCUCUUGGCCCCCGGAGCCCUAACCCUGCUGCCCAGUGGCCUGGGGCCACCACCACCACCGCCGCCCCCUUCUCUCCAUCCCUUUGGGCCCUUCCCCCCACCUCCCCCUGCCGCUACUAGCCACAACAACACGCUACCCCAUCCCCACUCCACCACUCGGGUAUAGGGGGCCGCUAGGGGAGGUCCUCCUCCCCAGCCCUCCCCAGCCCGGGCCACUCCAAAGGCAGGGAGGAGGACUUGGCAACAGGCUUUUCUCCUGUGGAGUUGUCACAUGGCAUCGAGCAGCAUUAAGGUGGACAUGGGAUUCCUCACUGGGAUGCGUGUUUUUCCCAUACAGAGAGACCCAUUCUCUUCUCUGGACCUGGGCCUUUGAACACCUGGGGGGUGUUUUUUGCCCUCCAUUGGGACACCAGUCUUCGGUGUGUGGAAAUGUGGAAGUCUUUUCCCACGUGGAGGCGUGCUUUCCUCAUGAGGGGGUGUUUUCCCAUGUGCAGGGUGAGGUUUUUUUUGCCGCCCUGGACACAUGUUGGCCCCUUCAAAGAAUUUCUGUGGGGAUUUGUACCCCAGAAUCCUGUUCCCUCAUACCUUCUCCCCACCCCCUUCCUCCCUCUCCCACUCCCCUGGAGACCCUGGAAGUGAUGUGUUCACAUAGAGUGACCCUUGACCACCAGACAACACGCAGUGCUAUCUGGGGAGCAGCAAGGAAAUCAUAGGCCCCCUGCCUCCCCUCUGCUCCCUGGCCCUGCAAAGCAUGUUUCUCCCCCAUGGCACAGAACAGAUGAAGCACGUUCUCCCAGGAAGGCCCUCGCCUUCCAGAAGACAGACACAGAUUUCCUGCCAGGGGGAAGGGAGAUCUGUGCAUCCUGGUGCUGCCUGGAAACUUAUUUCCCACUGUCCAGGACACAUUUCACUCAGUGGAAACAUGUUCUUGCAUGUGGAUGUGUGUUUCCCAGGCAGAGGGUCCCUCUCUCCCCAGCACCUCCCUGCAUCCCCCAUGCCUCAGGGCCAGCACUCAGUUCCUCUUCACACAGCAGGUGGGAAUAAGGCUUCAAGUUGAGAAGCUGAAGGGGAUGUACAAACCCUGAGAUGCUGAGUUGGGGGAUGGGAUGGGAUGGGAUGGGAGGAAGAGGGGCAUGGCAUGUGCCACCCAGAGAGGCCAUGCAUGUUUGACCAAAGCCCUCACGGGGCCUGAGCCUUUCCCUCAGUCCUCAGAUCAUUGCUCAUCCGUGCCAAACUGGGUAGAUGGGUUUCGGGGAGGGAAGACCUUCAAAAUGUGCCAAGGAUCCCCCAGUCCUAGGCCAGGGCAGGUGGAAUAUAGGACAGAGGGAUAUGGAAGCUAAGGGGACCCCUGCCUGUGUUUUGUCCCUGUGUCAUCCCUCUCUGCCUCAUUUCCCCAUUCUCCAUCCCUGUCUCCUGCUUUGAAGCUGACCCUUGCGGGGUCAGAUCAGCCUACUCUCCUCAUCUUCUUUGACCUGCCUACCCUUCCUGGCUGCUAGGGCCAAAGGAAAGGAGCAGUGGAGGGAGCUGGGGGAGGGACCAAGGAGAAAGGUUUCGUGGAGAAUGAGGUCAGCUGCACUGAAGAACAGAUGGAGGGGGCUGUGGGAGACAGGGCUGGGGCAGGCACCACCAGGAAGAUUUUGAAAAGAAAUGUGGAGACAGUUGUCCAGUGGUCCUUGGGCUUGGGCCUCUGGGGAAAAGAGUGUCAGGAAGGGUUUUAAGGGAUAUCAGUGGUGGAGGAACAAAUGAAUCCUCAUGUGCUGUGUGGCUUUCUGUGAGAUACUAGUGCCAAACUAGUAGGGGUGGGGUGCUGUCUUCCACUGACACCCAGGUCCAGAAACCUUGGUCUUGAGCCCCAGAACUUUGCCUUUUGACUGUCCCUUCUCCCACCUCCACCCAUGAAAAUGUAGUUUUUUCCUGGCCGUUUCCCCCUGCCUGGUCUAGCUCUUCUUGGAACAGCCAUGCCCUCCAAAUGCUAGCUACUUGGGCCCUGAGCCCUGUAGGCAGAUAACCCCAGAACUGGGGCAUGGGAGGGGGCUGGGGGACCCCAAGAUACAGCCACGGACUCCAAUGCCCAGCCCCUCCAGAACAAUUCCCUGAUGAUCCCAUGUCUCCAACCCAACCCUUUGCGGCUCUGUAUACAUUUUUAAACCUGGCAAAAGAUGAAGAGAAUAUUGUAAAUACAAAAGUUUAACUGUUGGU